UUAAAGUGGAGGGAAGAAAAAUAAGAAAAAAAAAAUGCUCCCUCCAAAUUUUCGACGUCCCCAUCCGAAUUCCCUAGCAAACAGUAUAUACCGAGAAUUGGAAAAGGUGAAGAAGAAGAAAGCGAGAGAGAUGGGAAAGGGAAAGGGAAGCAUAGAUCUGAAUAGAAAUGGGAAAGAGAUGGAGGAUCUGAGCGGGCGCGUUCAUCAACUUCCCUGUUGUGUCAAAUUCGAUGGUCCUGCAUCUGUUUCCCACUAUUUCAAACCCAAACCCUCUGCUAAUUUCGACGAGGCUUUCCCAUUACAAGAAGCACAUUUUAGGGGCAGGUUACUUCAAGGAACCACUCUCAACCUUCCUCACAACUACUCUGGUUUUGUCUUGGGUAAGAAUACUUCGCCUCCCGCUUCCCAUGAAAACUCUCACUCUUGGGAGACCAAGGCAACGUUUCAUGACAUCACGUAUUGGAACCACGACUACGUUCCUUCCCACAAUGACGAUCUCUUCCGAGCUUUUCAUUGGCUCACUGUUGCAAAUGCUCUGCAUAAUCCUGUGACACCUGAGGAAUUGGCUUCAUCAUCUAUUGUGCCCUAGAGAUGAGACUACUCUGAUAUCAAUUGCUGUAGCUGUCAUAUUUUCAGUUAACUUAUUGUUGUAAUGUUUAUGUUUUUGUUGUACGUUGUCUCCAACGGUCCCCUGUGUACUUCCCCUUUUACUAAAACUAUUUGUUGUUCUUUGUGUGAAUACCAUUUAUCAUCAUAUAUGAAAACAUGCUGUCUCCAAUGCCCAUCAGAUAUGCUAGCAUUUAAUUAAGUGAAUUAGUGAAGCAAUACGUCCAAAGGACUUUUUUCCUUUCACGUUUUUGCUUCUCUUUGUUUUCCUCCCCAGCUUCUUCUAAUGACUUCCUUUGCAGUGGGAUAAAGUAUGUUGUAGUUUCCUCUGAUUUGAGUUAAAAUUUAUAAGUCAUGACAUAACUUGGCUUUGGUUUUUUGGGAGAAUUAUCA